GAUUUCAAUGCUUGAAAAAGAAGAAAAACUGCUAUGAGUUAUGAAGUUGAUGCAUUGAGACUCUCGAGACCAACAUCAAUCUUUCAGUGUAGAUCUAAAAGUGGACAAUUGUUGCAACCAAAUGUACUAAAUUGGGAGUUUUCGAGCGAAUGUCAGAGUUUUCUUAAUUACUACAACAACAAUGAUGAUGAUGGCGCUAAUGACUGGCAAGUGGAAAACGACUCGAAUGGAAAUGAUGAGCAACCAGGCACAAGUACAAGCACGACUGACAGAUUGAAUGAACCAAAUCCGUCUACCUCGCAGGAGACAUCAACAGCCACGACAUCAGGAGCAGCAAAUCAAUCGAAAACUAUGGGUCACCAAAAACAACGAGACCGAACCACACACAGUAGUAAUAACAAUAAAUCAAAUGGUCGCACGACAUCAUCGACUCGCCGUAAUAUCACGAGUCAUCUCACUUUCUAUGGAUGGCGCAAAAAAUGUCUCUAUGCCCUUGUGUUAAUAUUAGCGAUAUUAAUUACGAUAAAUUUAGCACUUACGUUGUGGAUACUUAAGGUUAUGGAAUUCUCAUCGGAUGGCAUGGGACAUCUCAAGAUGAUUCCAGGCGGGAUUCAAUUGAACGGACAAUCCAUGGUGAUGGACACGUUAAGGGCUUCCAAAAUUAAGGCGCGACAAUAUCAACCAAUCACGAUAGAAUCUUUCCGUAAUUUCACGAUAAAUACGAGGACGGAUGAGGGAUUGGUGGAGAAUCGAUUGUUUAUAGGACAUGAUAGAUUCGAAGUUGAUGCUCAUUCCUUCCGCGUGAGCGACACACAUGGCAAUAGUCUCUUUUCGGUGAACAAAAAUGCAGUCACCGUUGGAGCUCAUGCCCUCAAAGUCGAAGGUGACGGCGGAAUAAUCUUCAAAGACUCCAUUCAGACACCCUUGAUACGGUCCGAAGCUGGAAAGGAUUUGAAACUCGAAUCACCCACCCGUUCUCUCGAGAUGAAAUCAUCUCAGGAAAUUUUUAUACAAUCCAUGGCUGGUAGUAUUCAAGCAAUAAGUUUAGAUGAUCUCAAGUUGAACUCCAAGAGCGGAAGUGUCCGUCUCGAUGCCGCCAACAUUAACCUCCCAAAUCUCAAGAUUGCACAACCACAUGCACCAAGUUAUCUCUCCGCGACAUCGACAUCCCCACAAGUGUAUCAACUCUGUGCAUGUGCGAACGGCAAACUUUUCAUUGCCGCACCAACAGGUAUUUGCGCCACUGGCGAUUCAGAUGUUUGCAGAUAA